AUGUGGAUCGAGAUUCAAAUCUCGGUGGCUGCAUCGGAUCCCUCGCUGCGGAUGCAGGAGAGCUUCAUGUACAUAGAACAUCUAGACAACAUACCCUUGGAUGCCAACAAUUCCGUCGGAUCUCUUCAGAUUUCGAGGCCGCUACGCCUAGUUCUGGCCUCUGGAACGGGUCGAUCUGUGCACCCAAAGAUGGCCUUAUCUCGAUGCGGCUCCACCUACUAUACGCCAACCAAGCUCUCGGUUCUUCCAAUCCCGCCGAGGUACCGCGCCUCCAUGCCUCCUCCAAGCGAGAGCUCGGGCAACUCUGCCAACCCGGAAACCACCGAUUCACAGCCCGUACCCGGAAGGGCCGACUAUUGUGCCCGUCCACGUGAGGCCGAGACAGCACGCCCACUGGGUGGGCAAGACUUGCAAACAGCUCUAUAG